ACCGGCUUGUGAGGGAAUAAAACCAUCGGGAGGCAUUUUCCUCUUUGAAUUUUCAAGUAGAUGGAAAUUUCUAAUUACAGAAAAGGCCACCGAGAUCUACUUCUUGUUUGUGCUAGAGUGUCGCCGCUGGGGAAAAACCGAAAAGUGAAAACCAAUGGGAGGGUCGUUUCUUCUUCCCCGCUGAGCGCAUGGAGGCGCAUUGGUGAGCCAGAAGGGUUUUCAGAAGGAAACAGAGUUCCUUUCCUUCCCAAAAAGAAGAGGAGGCGGGAAGCGUUGUGCAGCCAUGCCUGCAGAGCUGGGCCCUCCGUCCCCGGGGCCUCCAUCCAAACCAGCCAAGGAGAGAAGCAACCAUGCGGCCGCCGCCGUGGGGCCCGCAAAGGCAUCCGGACGGGGCCCCGAAGGACCCGGGGCCCCGUUCAUUGCAAAGACGGCGGCAAGAGCGGGUGGACGCCCCGCGAGUGAAGCAGAGAAGGACUCCGGCUUCUCAGACGUGAGCUCCGAGUACCUGAGUGCUGUGGACCCGACCGAUACGGAGGAUCCGUCGCUGUCAUCUUCAGAGUCUCCGAAGGCACUGGCGAAGGGACCCCUCCCCGGAAUGGCCCCCGUUUACAUUGUCAAAAACGUGAUCCUCAAACAGCAACUGGGCUCCUCCUCUCCCGGCACCCCGUUUCUGGCUUGGAGCGGCCAGCACUCGAUGGACGCUUCCGUGGGCUCGGCCGCCCACAUCCUGCUCAUCCAGCCCCCGGUGUCGUCCUCCUUGAAGCCCCUUUUGUCCGGCCCGAAGCCCCCGUCGUCCAAGGAGGCCUACCUGCCCAUCCUCAGCGCCUUCCCCAAGAUCGCCCCACACCCGGGGCCGGACGGGGCCCGGAAGAGCAAGCGCUUCUGCCUGGAGGAGGCCCACAACGCCGUCAGCUCCUCCACCGGCUCGGACAGCAAAGCCGAAGGGCGGAUGAUCUCCCGGGCGUCCAAGAAGUUGGGCUCGAGCAGCGCCGGGAAGCAGCGCCGCUUCCACAACACGGUGGAGAUCUUGCGCAAGUCGGGGCUGCUGGGCAUCACGCUCCGAACCAAGGAGCUGAUCCGGCAGAACAACGCCACGCAGCGGGAGCUGGCCGAGCUGCGGGAGCAAGCACAGCUCCUCUGCGAGGCCGUCCGGAGCAACGAGGCCCGGGCCUGGACGCGGCUGCAGGAGGCCAUGGACCAGUCGGCCACGUAUUGGGCCAGAAGAGGCAACCACAGCAACGCCGCCGACGCAAAACAAAGCAAAACGGCCGAAGCGCAGAGCUGCAAUCCUGAUCUGAACACAGCCUCGGCGGCACCGCCGGAGUCACCCAUGAACCUGACCCUCGUGCCGGACACUUCGGUGCCCCUGCCUUGACCUCUGCCCUUGCUUCCUCUCUGAACGAGGGGAACGUCAUGUCACCGACUCCUCGGGAUUAAGAGAAUGGUCUCAAAGAUCACCCUUUGCCUCUCUCUCUUUAUGGGUCAGACUUUGACCGCUGGGUGCUGUCUUAGCCGCUGUUAAAGGAUCGCCUCCAAACGAGAGGAGUCGCCGAUUCUUCGAUGAUUAAGACGAGAGCGUCAAGGCGUCGCGUCUUGGGUUUCUGUGAUUAUUGCGUCAGGAAAGACCACCCCUUGCUCCCCUUGACUGCUGGGGGCCAGAUGACCGCCAUUGAAGAACAGACUCCAAACGAGAGGAGUCAUUGAUUCCUUGAUGAUUACGAUAAGAGAGAAUAAUUUCCAUGGUCAUUGCAGCGGCCCUUUAUGGGGAAGACUUUGACCGCUGGGUGGCAGAUGACCGCGAUUAAAGGAGAAUCUCCAAACGAAAGGACUCACCGAUUCCUCAGUGAUUAAGACAAGAGCGUCAAGGCAUCGAUUCUCAGCUUCUGAGGUCAUUGCAGCAGGAAAGUUCACCCCUUGCCCCUCUUUGUGAGUGAGACUUUGACCGCUGGGUGCCGUCUCAAGCCGAAAAUGACCGUUAUUAAAAGAUAGCCUCCAAACAAAAGGACUCACCGAUUCCUAAGAGUGUCCAGGCACCGAUUCUCGGUUCCUGUGGCCAUUGCGUCAGGAAAAACCACUCCUUGGAUCUCUUUAUGGGCAAGACUUUGACCGCUGGGAGCCAUCUGAAGCUGCGAGUGACCACCAUUCGCUGGUCACUGAUGUCCUUCCUCUCUUGGGUCACCAAGAUGGUCAAACCGCCUUUUUCUUUGGUGGCCCUGGGUUUCUGUGGUCAUUUGGGCAGCAAAAACCAUCUCCUUGUCCUCCUUUAUACUUGGAUGACCACCGUUCAGUGGUCAGCGAACCCCAGCAUUUGGGAAAUUGAGUUUUAUUAUGUGACUGAGAAUUUGGAUAAGAUUAUCAAGCCAUUCUUGGCGUCUGUAGCCGUUGCGGUGGAGAUGACCACCCUUGUGUCCCUUUCUAUGGGCAGAACUUUGACCAGUAGGUGUAAUACCAGCUGCGGAUGACCGCAAUUGAAAGAUACCGUAUAUACUCGAACAUAAGCCGAGUUUUUCAGCCCUCUUUAUGAGCUGAAAAAGCCUCCCCUGGCUUAUAAUCGGGUCAAGGUCAAGCCAGCAGAGCCUGGAGUCCGUUGCUUGCAAUAUAUGAUAUAUUUAUCUCUCGUCUUACCCUCCCUUAUCAGUGUUUUCUUUUCCAAAGCCUCCCUCGCUCUUAACCAAGGAAAUUUUUUGAAAAGGGAAAGAAGCCCUUGCAAGUCAGGAAGAAUAUAUAUAUAUAUAUAUAUAUAUAUAUAUAUAUAUAUAUAUCCAUAUCCAUUAAUCUUAUAGAAGCAUUUCCCCCUGAAAUAUUUGUUAAUCUCUGCUAAGGAUAUAUAGGCAUUUCCCCCUGCAAGCCUUUGCAAUCCCUAUGUACAUUUAUAUUUAUAUCUAUCUAUCUAUAUACAUUUAAUUUUAUAUAUGAACUUCCCCCUCAUAUGUUUGCAAGUUUUUGCAAAUACUAUGUACAUAUAGAUAGCUAGAGAUUUCCAUGUACCUGUAUAUCUGUAUCUAUGUGUAUACAUUAUUUUAUAUAUGAAUUUUCACCUCACGUUUGCUAGUCUUUUCAAAUCCUAUACAGAUUAAAUAUAGAGAGGUCUAGGUAGAUAUCUAUGAAUAUAGAUAUGUAGGGCUUGUAAAUAUUGCAGGGGAAAUGCACACACACACACGUACACACACAUAGAGAUUUCUAGAUAGGUAUAAACAUAAAUAUAUAGGGCUUGCAAAUAUUGCAGGAGGGAAAUGCACACACAUAUAUAUAUAUAGAGAGAGAGGGGGGGAUUUGCAAACAUUUCAGGGGGAAAUUCAUAUGUGAAAUUAGUAUAUAUAAUUAUAGAUCUAUAUCUAGCUCUGCAUUGUUUAUGUAGGCAUUGAAUGUUUGCCUGUUACUAUUUUGGAAGCCGGCCUGAGUCCCCAUAGGGAGAUAGGGCAGGGUACAAAUGAAGUUAUUAUUAUUAUUAUUAUUAUUAUUAUUAUUAUUAUUAUUAUUAUUAUUAUUAUUAUUAUUGUAUGACACAGCAAACAAGAUAGAUAUGCUGGAUUUCGUUUCACAAAAUCACAAGUCGAACACUUCCCAAAUGUCUAGGACUGUGUGAUGGAUUAUUAAGUUAUUAUUAAUACCAUAUUGUUUUUGUUGACCCUACUUUUCCACUUACAGAGCAAGAUUACUGUUUUUCUUUGAAAUACGGUAAAUAUUGAAAAACCUUUAACUUACUGAUGCCUCAAUAUAAUUUCAUUGGGAUCUAUUUUCAUUUUGAAAUUGACCUGUAGCUGCUGCAUUUCCCACCCUUGGCUUAUACUCAAGUCAAUAAGUUUCCCCAAUUUUUUGUGGUAAAAUUAGGUGCCUCGGCUUAUAUUAGGGUCGGCUUAUACUCGGGUAUAUACGGUAUUUCCUAAAGAAGAAGAGCAGCAGGUGUAACGAUUCCUUGGUGGAAACAUCUUGGACCUUAGAAGUUUGACCUGGGUAGGAUUUUUCGGUUGCAGAAAGGAGAUCGUUGGCGUGCGGGAAAUGCCUGAAAAUGGAUGAAUUAAACUCUUGUUUGUAUCCAUUUCUAUUUCUUUAUAUAAAAAAUAAAUACUUUUUUUUUUCAAAAUCCA